AUGGGUGAACUUUGGCAGGGGUCCUCAGCUGAUGCCAGGACCCAGGACACAGCGGAGGAAAUGGCAGCACAUCAAGGUCACAACGAUUUCAUCCCCUUUGAUGGCCCAGGAGGGGCCACUGCUCAUGCCUAUGCACCUGGCAGAGACUUUGGUGGAGAUACCCACUUUGAUGAGGAUGAAACCUGGACCAUAAGCACAGAAGGAACAAAUUUGUUCUAUGUUGCUCUCUGUGAAUUUGGCCAUUCACUGGGACUUUUCCAUUCCAAAGAUCCUGAAGCUCUGAUGUACCCAAUAUACGGGAAAUUGGACCCUUCAGUGCUCCCACUUCAUCAGGAUGAUAUUAACGGCAUUCAACAUCUCUAUGGACAUUCUCCUAACACCUACAGUGACCAAAGAGAAUCUGCUGAGGUAAAAGAACCAGACGAGAAAGAACCUGCUGAGAACCAGAUGAGAAAAGAACCUGCUCUACUAGACACCUGCAGUCCUGAUGUAACUCUCGAUGCUGUCACCACUUUCCAUGGAGAAAUGUUUUUUAAAGACAAGCAUUUUUGGUGCAAACAUCCUUCAGUCAGAGCAGUUGACUUUGGCUUAAUUUCAUCAUUCUGGCCACGGCUGCCACCUGGUGUUGAUGCUGCAUACAAAGUUCCUGAAAAAGAUGAAACUGUCUUUUUUAAAGCAAAUGAAUUCUGGGUUGUGAGAGGAGAUGCAGUACUUCCUGGAUAUCCUUAAAGAAUCCAUGUCUUGGGCUUUCCAAAGGACGUGACCAAAAUUGAUGCUGCUUUCUAUAACAGAAACAAGAGGAAAAUAUAUUUCUUCAUAGUGGACAAAUUUUGGAGUUAUAAUAAAAGAACUCAGUCCAUGGACAGGAAGCCCAGAGAGAUGAGAGAGGCAUUUCCAGGAAUUAAUGGGAAGAUCAAUGCAGUUUUUCAACAUAAGAAUGAGUGA